AUGGCUUCAGAACCCAGUCUUUGCGGCAACGGCUGCGGAUUCUACGGCUCCCCUCAAACCAACAACCUCUGCUCCAAGUGUUACAAGGACUCCCAGAAGAAGCAACAACCCAAACCCCCCGUCACCGCCGUUUCUUCAACCGCCGCCGCCACUGACGACGUCGUCUCCUCCCAGCUGGCCGCAGCUAAGUCGGACUCGGCCACGGAUAACAGCGGCGGCGGGGUGAAUAAUAAGGGGAAGAGCCGGUGCAAGGCGUGCAACAAGAAGGUCGGCCUGCUGGGUUUCGCCUGCCGGUGCGGCGGCGUGUUCUGCGGGUCCCACCGGUACGCCGAAGAGCACGGGUGCAGCUUUGACGUCAAGGGAAUAGCGCGCGAGAUUUUGGUGAAGCAGAACCCGCUCUGCAAGGGCGAUAAAUUGGAGUUCAGGAUUUGA